AUGACCUCAACUACAUCUACAUCUACAUCAUCCACCACGGCCCUAAUGACCUUUUAUGACAUCGCCCUCGCAGCCCCUGUCUCCGAAUCAUCCUGUUCCCCAAACCCAUGGAAGUCACGCUACGCUCUGAACUUCAAGGGGAUUCCCUACAAAACAAACUGGGUACCCCUGCUAGACAUCAGCUCUGUACGCGGCGCUCUGAACAUCCCCGCCUCGCGCACAUUCGCCGAUGGAUCUCCCUACCACACUCUCCCCGUUCUGUCCGACCCAGCUACCGGGAGCAUAGUGGGUGACUCCUUUGAAAUCGCGACAUACCUCCAGGAACAAUAUCCGUCCUCGGGGGCAGGAGACUUGUUCCCGGUGCAAGAAUUGGAUUUCGUCUUCGGAAGGGACUUGGCGCUUAUCGCGCCAAUUGCAGAGUCACAGAAAGCUGAAGGGCAUCUUCUAUUAUAUGCGAAAUUUAAUACAAAUGUGGAUGCCGCGUUUAGUGCCCAUGUGCAACUGAUGAUGGAAGGGAUGCCUUUUGAUGCGGUUGAUGAGUGCAGGGCGGAGUUCUCGCGGAGGGCGGGAGGAAUACCAUGGGAGCUUAUGAGGGUUAAAGAGGAGAAGAGGGAUGACUUAUUGAACUCGUUUGAGGAGACUCUGGGUGGUCUUGCAAGUCUGUAUCUGAGGGAUGCGAGUGGGCCAUUCCUUAUGGGGCAAAGGGCAAGUUAUGCGGAUUUUAUUGUGGGAGGAUGGCUGCGCAUGAGUCGGGUCUCGUUGCCCGAAGAGGAGUGGGAUGCAUUGAAGGGGUGGCAUAGUGGUGUCUUUGGCAGAUUACACGAGGCUCUGAAGAUGUUUGCGCAGACGUGA